GUGCUGUGGAGCGGAUGUUUUUACGGCCCGGUUAGCCUCGCUCGUUCUCCGUUGCUUGACUGGAAGGCCGCCGCUGCCGCUGCCAUGGAUCGCAGGAAGAAGCCGCUGGAUGUGACUGUUGCUUCGCUGGUAGACUUGAAAGCUGAGCUUUUCCGAAAACAAGAAGAGUUCAAAAAAGAAAAACUUUUGAAAGAUGCUGGGAUCUCUGUAAAAACCAAAGCAACAAGCAAGAAGCCAAGCAUCUGGACUAAACAAAACAAAGGUGUUUCAGAUCGAGCUGAGAAAGAUGCUGAGCAGAAGAUAGAAGAGCAGCAAACGCUAGAUAAAUCAAGGCAGAAACUGGAAGAGAAAGCAAAACUCUAUGAGAAAAUGACAAAAGGAGACUUUCCAGAUGAAGAAACCGAGGAUUUGUACCUUGUGGAUUUCACUCAAAAGAUCAUAGACAAACAGAAAGAAGUACAAGAGCUGUGUGCAAAUGAAACUGCUAGGAAAGCAGCUGAGAAGGAGAGUGAAGACGAGAGGCUCUCUGAAAUGGAGAUUCCACCGCCGCAGGACCCCACUGAAGAAUGGGUUGACUAUGUGGACUCCUUGGGCAGAUCAAGGCGUUGUAUGAAGAAGGAUUUGCCACAUCUAUUUCAAAUGGAUAAAGAGCUUCAGGGGAAGAGGCCAAUAAUUGAAGAGAAGACUCUGUUGUCUGAAGAUAUGAGAAGGGAACUUCAACGUCAGCAGUGGGAACGAGAGGAAGAAGAGGCCAUGCAGAGGCCUGUGGGACCAAUACAUUAUGAGGACAUUCGUGAACAUGAGGCCAGACAGCUUGGUGUUGGUUAUUUCGCUUUUGCCCGUGAUCAGGCUUUGAGGAAAAAACAGAUGGAAACAUUAGAAAUGCUAAGAGAUCAGACCACAGACCAGAGGGCAAAACGUGAGCACUUGAAGGAGAAACGCAAGGCUGUUCUGGAGGCCCGGCUAUCUAAACUUCGUGCCAAAAAGCGCUUAAAAGAGGGCAAUGCAAUAGAAAAUGGAGAGGCAGAGGUCAUUGAGCCAGUGGCCACUGAACCCCCCACACCAAGUGGAGUGGCAAGACCUGUUGCGGAAAGCAGGAAAGUGGAGGUGGUCGUUCAGGAGCGUAAAGAUACAAAGCCUGGGGUGCCUUAUGUCCGUGAAUGGGAUAAAGGCAAAGAAUUCACUUUUGGACUUUGGUCAAAGAAGCAGUCAGAUCUCAGGAAUGAACGAGAUCCAGAAUUUGCACCUCCUUCCAGUUACUAUAUGGGUCAAAAGAGAUCGCAUGACUUUAAAAGCCAGAACUGGAACACAGCUGGAUCCUCAUAUGAAAAAGGGGAACAAGAUCCGACAGAGAGCUUGCCCUCCCCAUCCGCAGAGGCUCACAGUGGCCGUUCACAGAGCAGUUGGCUCCCGCCCACGCAGGCCUACAGCAGUGACUUGCAAAACGAACAGCCUGUUUACCAUAGUUUGGAUGACAUGCUCUCUUACUACAAACAAGUGACAUGACUGUUGAAAUGCUACGCAUGAUUCCUGGACAGCUGAAGGCGAGUCUCAUAUUAGAAGAGCGUCAAAAGUGAGAAUCCUGAAGGCUGCAACAAAAUAUGACAGUAGCAUAGAUCUAAAAUACCUUUGCCGUGAGAUGGUAUAAACUGUAUACGUGACAACCAAGUGACUUCUGGCAUUACCACGUUAACAUUAAAAGCUUCUAGCAUAAUAAUACACUCUUUUAGUGUGUUUAUAACACAUCUGUGGCUACUUAUUGCUCUUCCAGUUUGCCUGCUCUUUCCCAUAGAUUAGGCAGCCAUACAGUAAUUACCGUGCUCAGUAGGAAUUUUAACUUUAAAAAACAAUGGAUCACUCACCCAUCCUUGCCACUAUGUAGACAGUAUCUCGAAAGUCCCUUGAAUUCAGCUGUAGUUUGCCAUUACAGUGGUGGGAGGGGCUAUUCCUGCUAGAAGAACAUCAGCCCACUCCUUGGGCACACAGCUGUACUUUUCUUUGAAUCCCAGCAUUAAAGUAGUUUGCUAGAUAAGUGUGAUCUUGUUUUCAAAGAAAAUAGCGCUAAGCAUUAACUCACAGGAAGCAUGAAAGUGUUCCACUGCCAUGAUGGCUUAAAGGCUCCUGAAGUUAACCAUCCUUCCGU